CCUAAUUUUUUGUCCGAAAAAUCAGUCGCCCGUCCGAGGCAAAAUCCAUUGGAGUAUUCGACGUCUCGUAACCCCUGCCUCCCACGCACCCCAAUGUCUGACAAGAAGGACGACGAGGCCGGCACCUCAACGCCGAGUGUUGCGGCGGCGGCGGCCCCGGCCCCGGCCCCGAGGCCAUCCACCUACGCGCCCAUGGGCGCGCUGCGGGACGAGGAGUGCGCUAAUCUCCUGGCCCUGGUAUCCACCGUCUCGCGCCCGCUCGAGGACGCCGUCGCGGAUUUCCUCGCACGCGUGCCCCCCGAUCGCCGCCUCCGGUUCGGCACCUCCAUCAGCUUCGUCCUCGAGGACAAGAUGAUGCUUCAACCUGCUGAGCGUUUAGUUGCAUUUGCAAUUCUACAUCAAGGUUAUUCCUCACAGUUGGCAAAUCCAUUUCUUCCUCUUUUAAUAAAUGCUGCAUGUGAUGAAACUUCUGAGGAAGCAGAACAAGCAUUUCUCCAACUUCUGUUAAGUUCGACUAAUGGGGACAACAUUGAGGUUCUAAAGCAGUCUGCUGUCGCUUACUUGAACGGAUCUGAUUAUGCAUCUCAGGUCUUUUUGCCAAGAGAACAGCUUGAGAAACAAUGUUCCUAUGAUGCUGCACGACCUCUGCCCUUCUCUAGUAAUUUCAGAGAUGCCACUGUCAGAAGUACUAUUCCUGACCCAGAUGUUCUCCAAAGCUUUGGUAGUUCAUCAGAGCUGUCCUCAAUAAUACCAAAUAGAGAUGACAUGGUUGCUACUUUACUUCAACAAACAUCACUUAAAGGAUUGCCUCCUCAAUGGAUACGACCCUCUCCACCAAGACUUGAAAUUUUUGAAGGGGAAUUACAGUGGCUGAACAUAGACAAUAACCAUGAGCUACUAUGGGACAGUACCAUGUGUGCAGACACUAGCCGAGGUGCUGUGAUUCGAGAUCUGGUCGAACAAGCUUGUAAAGCUCCACUUGCAUUGGCCCAGCAUGAGGAAAUUACCAAAUAUCUGCGGAAGGACUGGAAGCUAGUUUAUCAUUGUGGAAUGACACCACAGAAGCUCCCUGAUCUUGUUGAACAUAAUCCACAUAUAGCUGUUGAAGUUCUUUCAAAGCUAAUCAACUCUCCGGACAUGGAUGCGUACUUUGAUGCUAUUGUUCAUAUGGAUAUGAGCUUGCAUUCAAUGGAAGUAGUAAAUCGGCUCACUACUGCAGUAGUUUUACCACCAGGAUUUGUUCAUGACUAUAUCUCAAACUGUAUUCGAUCAUGUGAAGACAUUAAGGACAAGUAUAUGCAAAAUAGACUAGUGAGACUAGUAUGUGUUUUUCUACAGAGCCUCAUUCGGAACAGGAUAAUAGAUGAUGCUUGGUUGUGUGCAGUGCAAGAUCUCUUCGUGGAGGUGCAAGCAUUUUGCAUCGCCUUCUCGCGAAUAAGGGAGGCAGUGGGGUUGUUCAGGCUCCUGAAAUCUCUAGAAUGAAGAGCGCUGCACCAUCAGUUGGGCGCUGGAUUCUCAGAACAGAAAUUCCCAAGGUGUACAUCCAUGGCUCUGCCUUUUGCUUCCAAGCUGCUGACCCUGCAUAGGUCUGGACUCUGUAGGGCGUGGAUUUUGCUGGUAUAUUGGUUAUCAUCAAGCUGCGUCCCCUGCAUCAUCCCCGAAAGACAUUGAGGAGAAACAAAUCCAUAGGUCUGACAGGUUGGGUUCGAGGUAGAGUUAGUUCUGUUGGAAGUGUCCACGGGGCUUGUCGUUCUUGUGCAGUAGGCAACAAUGGCAAGCCCCGUAGUUGGUUUGCUCGAAAUGAGCGAAUGGUACGGUGAACUCAGAAAUAACCGGGAUAGAGUAUCCGACUGUCAGUCAUACUUGCUCUACGGCAUGGUAUAUUUAUUCAUUAGCCUCAUAAACGGUUGCUUGCUAUUUAGGCUGUCAUACCUGUAUUUCGAAGUUCAUUGUUACAUCAUGCAGAUGUGAGACAGCUAUUGCCUGGCAUACCGUAUCAUGUAGUACGUAUGAAAAAUGAAAGGCAGCAGGGCUGUAUCCAGUGGCU